GGCGCGGCAGCCCGCCGUGGAAGACGCACGCUCACAAUCUUCUUCACCGCCGUUGCUUUUAAAAUUCGUCCUCUGAUCUCAUAAUGCCUGAGAUAGCAGAAGUCGCGCGUAUCGUGCAUUUCCUCCGCCUGCACCUGGUCGGGAAGAAGAUUGCCAGUGCAUCUGCCAUUGACGACGGCAAUGUCUUUGGUAAAGUAGGCACAAGUGGAGCGGCCGUGGAGUCUGCACUCAAAGGCAAGAAGGUGAACGUUGAACGCUCGACACAAUUGCACUCUCUAGUGCUAAUUCCCAGCAGGUUGUCUCGGCGGGGAAUCAAGGAAAGUACUUUUGGAUUACGUUGGAAAAACCUCCGCAUCUUGUCAUGCAUUUUGGGAUGACCGGUAAGAUCGUCCCGCAUCAGUUUCUUGAGUCGUGCACCGGCGACUUAUAAAAGUUGCAUCCGGCAGGCUGGGUCCACAUCAAGGGCGAGAAGACGGCAUACACAAACUACUACAAGAAAAUGAAGGACAGCGACCUGGAGCAGUGGCCCCCCAAAUUCUGGAAAUUUCACUUGAAAACCGAGGGACAGCAUGCCGUGGAAGUGGCGUUUACCGAUGCCAGGAGAUUCGGGCGCGUCCGGCUGGUUGAUUGCCCUGGUCCCGAUAUACGCAAGUACUCGCCUCUUGUUGAAAAUGGACCGGAUCCUGUCAUUGAUACGGACGUUUUCACUGAGGAGUACCUUCGGGGCAAGAUGAAGUCCCGCCACGUUCCCGUUAAAGCUCUCCUGCUGGACCAGACAAUGAUCAGUGGUGUCGGCAACUGGGUCGCCGACGAGACGCUCUAUCAGGCUAUGAUGCACCCGGAGCAGUACUGCGAUGACUUCGACGAUGCGGAGAUUGCCAAACUGUACGAAAGCCUUCGUUACGUGUGCCAAACAGCGGUGGAUAAGCUGGGUGACUCGGAUCAGUUUCCAGAACACUGGCUCUUCAACCACCGCUGGGGCAAAGGCGACAAGACCAGUUCUGCGAAGCUGCCAAAUGGAGAGAAGCUGGCCUUCAUCACAGUCGGUGGACGGACGAGCUGCUAUGCACCCAAUGUCCAGAAGAAGUCGGGUCGCGUCGUGGCAAGUGCGAAGGUUGAACCGGUCAAAGUUGAGACCAACGCGGAUGACGACACUAAACAGCAUCGUAAGAAGAAGGCGGCACCCGAAUCUGCUCUGCCUGAUGGCGAUGGCCCGCCCACAAAGAAGCAGAAGAAGAAGCAGGCCAAGGUGGAAGAAGAGCCAAAGGCAGACUUGGGGACGGGACGGAGACGGUCUGCUAGGUUGAGGAACUGAGGAUAAGCAGCAAGUGUUUGGCAGGACUGGGGGCAGCAACCCGAGCACAUUUCAUAGCUGAAUGAGCCAUUUGUGCUUGCUGUUGAUCAGCACGAAUCAAUUCAGUCCCAGG